AUGUUAAAUGAAAAAUUAGAUCGUCUUAUUCGAUCUAAAGGCAGCCAAUAUAUAACUAAAAGUACGUAGGCACUUUCUCCGUAUAUACGACAAGUUCCUUUAUUAAACAAUCACUCACAUAACUAUUCACCUAAUUAUUCAAUUUAAAGAAUUCAAGCAUAAUCUACUCAUUCAGGAAUGUAUGAAUUAUCAGAAUAAUAGAGCUCCAUAAACAGAUAGAUAUAACACAUAGUUUAUUGCUAAGAUAUAAUCUGCUUGUUAACCUUAGUCAGUUUCUCCUGUUAGAGUGAUUUAAUUAUCAACAGAUAGGUCAUAAUAACCAUAAGAACUCAGUGAAGUACAAUAUAAUGAAAAACCUCUAUAAGUAGUAUCUGCAUAAGAUAUAGAAAAUAAAUAUAAAUAGAAAUUAUUAUUAUUGGAAUAGUUGAUCAACAGAUUGUAGAAUGAAAAUUAAAGGUUAAAAAGGAAUGAAUAAAAUCUAAAAUCUAUGGAUUACAUGAGCAGAAUUAAGGAGUUGGAAGUUAUUAUUAAGAAUUUUGAAGCCUAAGAAGAUAGGUUAAACAAUGAAAUUUUACAAUUAAAAUAAGACUUAUUUUAAUCAAAAGAAGGUUUUACUUCUUUAUAAAAAUAAAUAUUGAAUAAGAAUGGCAAUAACGAAGAUAUUAGGAAGUUGAAAAAGUAGAUGUAACAAUAUGAAAUUGAUAAUAAAGAAAUGUUGAAGCAUCUCAGUAAGAAAGAUGCUGAUAUUUCAAAAUUAAGAAGUAUUUUAAAUGAAAAAGAAAAUUGGAUAGAUUAAUUGAAUAGUUAAAUCAAGGAAUUAUAAACAGUAGAAGAAAACUAUUCAAGAAUGGAAAUAACUGUCAUAUCAUUACAAGGAGAAAUUGAUGUAUGGAGAAGGAAGUUUAAAGAAAAGAAUGAAGAAGCAUCAGAACUGAGUGAAAAGUUAAUAAUGGCAGAAGCAUCCCUCGAAGCAUUAAAAAAGAGAUAAAUCACUUAAGUUAAGGAAAUUAACAUAACAAAAAGUGAUAGUUAAACUAAUAAUAAUAAUAUAAUCUAACCAGUAGAUACUAGAAAUAGAUUAAAUAGAGGAUCUCAUUACUCUUAAAGAUAGUAACUUUGA